AGAAUGAGAAAUCAAUCCAUUAACAGAAGAAAGUAAAUAGAAUAACAACAACUUGGAGAAGAAAAUUAACGAAUCAAGUAUUCUAUUCUUUUAUUCUAGAGUUAAAUUACUAGAAAUUGCUCAUGAAAAGAAAGCCUCAUCUCAACAAGUUAAAUUAUGUUAGGCAAAAAAGAAGUUAUAGCAAUUAUUUAAACAUCAAUAGGAUAUGAUGGAAAAUCUUAUCCUCAUGAAAAAAAUAACUAACGUGUAUUAAUUCUCUCUCUUAUUUAGAACUUCAUCAAUCACCCAUAGAAUUUAAUUGCAAGAUUUUCAUUUUAGUAGUAAAUUAAAAUAACUUGACAGAUAUUUAUAAGAGGAUGAUAGGACUUUUCUUAAGUACAAUAUUAACUUUUAUUAUACCAAGACCAUCAAUUCUUUAGAGUCCCAAUAAUUCAUAACAUUCUUAACAAACAAAAACUCUUGAUGCUACUCAUUUAAAAUUAUCAGAAUUUAGAGUGUAUUCGAAUGGAUAAUUACUUUAAUGA